UUUACCCAAAUUUCACCGACGGGGGGGCGGGGGCGGUGAAAAGCUGGAAUUGCCCGUGGAUGCCGCAGACAUGGUGGUGCCGGAGUUUGCCGGCCUGUCGGACGGAGGCCGAGGCGAUGUGGAUGAAAUGGAGGAGCAGAGGCUCAAAAACAACAUGGCCGUCAAACGCAGCCGCAUGAAGAGCCGGCAAAAGAUGAGCCAGAUGGUGGACAGGUGCGGAAAGCUUCGGAAGGAGAACAACCUGCUGGAGCUGAAGGCGGACGCGCUCCUGAAGGAGCUCUCCUUCCUCAAGGAGAUGUUCCUCACCCAUGCCAGUGGUAAGAAGGACGCGCCCAUCAGCCAGGCGGACAUGGAUCGGAUCAUGUCUGACGACCUGCCCGGUCCCGAGCUGCCCGAGCCACUGCUGCUGGAGCAGACGGACUCGAGCGCCGAGGACGACCAGCUCAGGGCGACCCGGCUGCGGGAGGGUGAGCGGCUGUGGCUGCGCGGCGUUACAUCGCCAUAGCGGCCGCCGCCGCCGCCGCCCCGCCUCGGCCGGGCACCCCGUCUAAUGACAAACCAUUUUGAAGUGUGUUGAGCGGGCGGCGGAGGCGGCGGCGGCCCCGGCGCGGCGAUGGUCGCUGCGAGUCGCCGGCGACUGCGCCGCCCUCUCCGUGUUGUGUGAGCUGGAGCCGACAGGCCCGUCGCCGGGGACGCCUCGAGUCGCCACCGGUUCAGCCUAGCCGCUGGCUCGGCGCCCCGGACGGGCUUCGGCGAACAAGCAAUCGAUGCUGGCGCUACCACCUCCGGCCCGCAUUCCGAAGGCGUUAGCGACGCGCGCAGUUGGAGAUCCGUACUGCCGUCACUUGCGAGUGUUAGCCGCGAUUUGGUUGUGUUAUUCGGAAGCCACGAUAUGAUUAUUCAGAGACCACGUUUUUAGUUUUCAUUGUCGUUUGGGCAUGUGGGGGGCGUUGGGAUGCGCUGCCGCUCUGACCAGGUUCAAAUUAUCCGUGUGCGUGGGUCGGGAGUCUGGCACCGCGCCGAACAGCGCUCUCUGGCCUGCCAUCAACGUAGCUAGACGUAUAUUUGGUUAUGGAGGCGUAGCUGAACAGCGUCACAUAUUGAUACGGUUGGUCUUGUUACGACACGGCACGUUAGUUCUUUGGCGUGUUUCACCGUGCGACUGCCGUGCUAGUGUGCGGGUCAACCUAUGGAGCUCGAGUGCCGGUUAGUGUCGUCGGUUCGCCGAAUGUUACACUCUACCGGAGACUCCGGGUGUGAGAGGACCAUCUACCGCCUGGUGAUGCUGAAUGCUACACUCUACCGGGGUCUGAUGCAUGUUAGGGCUGCGUUUUGUUCGGUUAUGCCGAUUGCUACACUCGCCCGGAGUGUCUGAUGUAUGCGAGAGUUGCGUGGUAAGCUGAUACCAAAUGGUACACCCUACUUGGGUGCCUGAUGAAUGCGAGACUGCUUGCCUGUUGGGUGAUGCCGAAUGCUACUCUGCCGCGACUGUGAAUGUGAAGGGACAGCCCGUGCCGAGGAAGUUCACUGCAUACCUGAGCUACAAGCCCGGUGUUCACUACAUGCAGUGACUUCCUGACUGCCUCCGUUCCCUGGCAACUGGAGAUAACUUUGCCUGCGCAUAGAACGACUCUUGUCUUUAUCCAGAAAGAGCAUGUGCGACCACACCGGUAAACAGUUCACUUCUCUCCUUCGAAUAUUGACUAUGUAUGUCGUGUAGGUUUUAGGGCUCUCCAUUUAAAUGAAACCUGUAUUACCUUAUAUCAGAAUGACAGCAUAAGCUGUCCAACUUAUUUCUCAAGCUGUUUGUGUUUUAUUUUCGUUUCGUUCUUUCCUUGAGUAGUGUCGCCGCGGCUUUAGACCUUGUCUCACCGUUGGUGACUGACCCUUACCUGGUCGGCUGGAUCAUCCCGAUGUGACACCGUACCUGAUUUGUGUGAGUGUGAAAGCUGGGCCGCUGAAACCGCGAACCGCAUAUGCACUGGCGGAUGUGUAAGGAAUAAAGUGGCACCAGUUACAGGA